GUAACGAUCGACAGUGAUCCUUCGAAGUCCAUUGCUUUUGGUUCAAAAGAUGAGAUGCUCACUCCUCAGGCUUAUCUUCAGGAGUUUGCACAACGACCCGAUCAUGGUCCGCACUGCCUUUCUCAUAAGCUCUGCUGGUUUUCUUCUCGAGACGGCAUUCUGGCACUAACCUACGUCUGUUCAGCCUACAAAGGGAGGCAAUUGGCCGGAAUUUGUGCGAAGCGCUACUUUACCACCCGACUUCCGGUAGCAAUACGAGGCAACACAAACACAGGCUUCACAUCCUACCUCAAUACAAAUGGGAUGCCAGUGCCAGCGCUCUCAGCGGAGCUGGUGAUGGCGCACGAGUUGGGCCACAGCUACGGCUCAUUGCAUGACCCUGACACGCCACUGUGCUCGCCCGAGAACGAGCGUGGUGGCGUCUACCUGCUCAACAAGUACGCCGUCUCCGGCAUGAUGCCCAAUCACUAUGUAAGCAGUGCCGAAUGGUUUAUUUCGAUUGAUGCGUUCGAAAAUUUAACUCUUGUCCUGUAUAGUCAUAAGCGCCCUAUUAAAGGUAUGGCUGUACUUGGGAAGGAUUGGCGAUUUGUUUAA